GGCUGGAGGACGGCCCUUCACGUCGAGCGCACGAGCCUCGCACCGCAACAGCAGCAGCUGGUGCAGCCGAGGAGGACGUUACUUUGUUACAGCGGAGCUACCGGGAGAGAAAACGACGGAGCAAAACCUCUCGGAAAAGUGUAAACAGUCGGGUGAAUACUGCUCAACCAAACGCCUGUUGCCCGGAAUUAAGCGAUGGCAGCUGUUUUAUGAAAUUGCCAGCGGAUUUGAACGUUGCCUUUUUGCCGGAAAAAAGAGGUCUUUCUCAAAGUUGAGCCGAAGAGGAGUUCAGGAUGUCGGGCUGAGACAAAGGGGUCUGGGGGGCAUUCCCGUCGGAGCGGUAAAACUUGAUUCUUGAAACCUCUUCUGGAUGGGAAAGAUGGAGAGGGAGUUGCAAUGGUGGAAAGGACAGCUAGCUGCAGAUAUCCAUCAAUCGCUCCGCAUCAAGGAGCUGAAGCUACCGGUCUACCGAGCCCACUCUCCGCAGAUUGGAAUGCGGCGGUACUUUGCAGACUUGUUGGCCAUCCUGAGUAAUCGCUACCAGCUAUGUCCUACAGCGCGUCACCUAGCCGUCUACCUACUGGACUUGUUCAUGGACCACUAUGAUGUCGCUGUCAAGCAGCUCUAUGUCAUCGCCCUCUCCUGUCUGCUCCUAGCUAGUAAAUUUGAGGAGAAGGAGGACCGGGUUCCCAAACUGGAGCAGCUGAACUCGCUGGGAUUUAUGUGCAGCCUGAACCUGGUUCUCAACAAGAAGGAUCUGAUCAAAAUGGAGCUUCUGCUCCUUGAGACCUUUGGCUGGAACCUGUGCAUGCCCACACCUGCCCACUUUAUUGACUACUACCUUCAUGCCUCGGUGCAGGAGGGCGACCUAUACAACGGCUGGCCCCUCUCCUCCCUCUCCAAGACCAAGGCUUUCAUGGAUAAAUACACUCACUACUUUCUGGAAGUCUCUUUGCAAGACCACGCCUUCCUGAGUUUCCGACCAUCCCAGGUUGCUGCUGCAUGUGUGGCAGCAUCUCGUAUUUGCCUUCAGAUUUCCCCAAGCUGGACGACUGCUCUGCAUCUACUAACAGGCUACACCUGGGACCACCUUACCCAGUGCAUUGAGCUCAUGCUGCUUGCUCAUGACAAUGAUGUUAAGGAGGCCAACAAGACCAAAUCCACUCCUCCUCACCGGCCCUCCUCUCUGCAGUCUCAUCCUCAGACCUCUCACCUCUCUCCAGUGUCAGCCAUCCAGAGACCAGCCUCUUCCUCCUCCUCCACCUCCUCCACACCACAGCUGCUCUUUCAGCCGAACGGCUUCACACACCUUUCCCAGCAUUCCCCCUCCCUGUCCCAGCUGCAGGCGCUAGCUGACUCCCAGGCUUUGGGGCCUGUGGUGAACAUGUCUCAGGACUUCCUUCAGAGCCACAGGAUGGGUCUCCUAACAGCGGCUCCUUCCAUGACUCCGGGGGUUGGGUUCCCCUCAUACCCAACCCUGACCUCUGGUCUUCAGCCGGGGGCUCGUGCGCUGCCGCUCCAGGGCCCCAUUUCUGUGCAGAUGGCCCUCGCUGCAGAGCCGCGCCACUGUCUGAGCAUGGCCUACGGUGGGGGCUACCUGGGGGCUCAUCACACUUUCACAGCGGGCUGCUUUGACAGGUGACGCCAGGAGACGGAGAGAGAAGACAAACCCCUGCGGGAGUGCACUACUAUGCUUCCGACCCAAUUCCCUACCCCGAAAUAUCCUUUUACAGAUCUCCUCUCUCUCUCCGUCAGCUCUGCAACUUCUUCAGCUUGUCCAACUCCCCCGUCCCUCACACAGAGACGCCUCAAACGCAAGCAGAGGUCCAAAGGCAAGACGGACCCGGUGGAAGUCAUCACACUGACAUGACAAAUGUUCCACCACCUUGAAAUACUGAGGCAUUGCAAAAAUGUUAUUGCCAUAUUCUGAACUAGUUUUAUAAAUCUGUGUUAUUAUGAGACUGUCAUCACUGUGAAUGAGAUGAAAGCAGCAGUGUGAUCUAACACCCACCUCAUUCAGUGCCUGUUCUCAGUCGUGUGAUAACUGAGACAAUUUUAGAAGUGUACAGUACACAAAGUAUCUGUGAUGAGGAUAUCUUGCUGCUUGACAUGAUUUAUUUCUAAUCCCAAAAAUUGAACAAAUUUUUUUUAGAGAGGAAAAUUUGGCUGGUCUUUUUUCUUGAGCCACCAUUUGAGAGAGAAAGAAGAAGAAAUAGGCCUAGAGGCUUAUCACUGCAAGCAUUGACCUAACUCCUGUAGUCUCUGCUGGAGCUGAAGGGCCCCUCUGGGAAUUCCUCACCAGAUAAACCCUCGGAGGGAACGAAGAAUUAAUUGUUUUGAGCACAGCAGGUGUUUUUUUUUUUUUUCUUUCCUCCUCUCUGCCCUCGUCAUCUCUUCUCUCCCAUCUCCAAAGUCGAGCCUUGUGGCAGAGCCGUCAAACACCCGGGUGAAAAUGUGUCUUUCUGGCAGCUGCAGGCUUUGUCAUACUAAAGUUUUAAUUUCAGUGUCCCCGGCACCACUCAAAGAAUUGAACACAAACUGAUGUGACUGGACCAGCAUGGUGAAGGAGACGUGGACGUAGUUAGUCUAUUGUACAUAUGAAUUGCUGCUGCCUUCUUACGAACUGUUGGUUCUGUGUCUGUGUUAAUGACUCCAAUGUUUACAUGAACCACUAAGUAUCAGGGACUUGAACAAGAUUACUUGAAUAUGAUGCCAUUGAAACAUGCCAUAGCUUUUAUUUAUGAUGACCUGUUUCUUUCUUAUUUCAUUUUUGUUUGAUUAUAGUGUAGCUUUUUAUACCAACUUAGAAACGCACCAUUGAUUAAUUAUGGUUUUCUUUGUACCUGUUCAUAGAAAUAGUUUAUUCAGGCUCAGGUUUCAGGGCUGAAACUAGCAGCCUUCUCAUUAUUCUGUGCUAUUAUGCUUUAAAGUGGAUGCUAUUGCAGCAUCUGGGGGGGGGGUGGAAUAUUCCCCUUCCUCAUCACUGGAACUUACUCUGCUGACAAGUCAGUAACUGAAUGCAUCGUAGAGGAACAACCUCGUGGUCACUGGUUUCACACAUCUGUGGGCAGUCGCCAGUAAUUGCUUCCCAAUCCCCAAUCUUCCACUUCCUGUUAACGUAUAAACACAUCCAGAUUCCCAGUAUCGGUCACAGGGGUUGCCUACUGGUUACCAUGGUGACACCUUAAAUGACAGUGGACCCCAGGUUAUGGGAUGCUGUUAACCCAAUUGGGAUUGAAUUAGAGGUGAAACUAAAGAUAAUCUUCAUUACUGAAUUGUUUUUUGUCUUAAAAAAAAAAAAAGCUACAGUAGUUAAAUGUUAUAAUGUCCCACAACUCAAUGUGAUAUAUCCAAAUGGUUUGUUUUAUUCGACCAGCGAUCCAAAACCCCCAAAUAUUCAGUUCACUUUCACUUAUGAUGUAGACAAGUAUCACAUUUUCACAUUUGAGAAGUGGUAUCCAGAGAAUUUCUUGAAAAAUGACCACAGUAAAACAGUUGUUUGCUGUGGAUCAGCUAGUCAAUGAAUACACUAAUCCUUGCAGCUCUACUGUGGACCCCAACUUGUGAGAAGUUGUUGACUGAAUUCAGACCGUUUUGCUGUGGACGUUGCACAUCUUAGGAUGUUUUGCCUUGUCCUCAGCAGUUCUCAGAUCUAACACUACAUGACGCCCUCUGAAACACUCAGACUAUUAUAAUCACGGAUCAUCAAACUUUUUACAGCUAGACAUCAGUUUGUUUUUCUGCCACUGAAAAGGACAUGAACUAUACUAUGCCUUUUUUGUUUGAACUUUUUAUGUACAGUUUUGUUACAUUUUCUUUUUACAUUCCUUUUCAGUGUAUUUUCAGUUAAAGCUUUUUGUGAUUCUCCUGAUGGAUGCCGUUGGUGUGAACUAGAUUUUUGUUUUAGAGUUCAACUUGCUCUUUUCCUCAUAAUUCAUGAGCAACUUCUCACUGAGGUGUCAAAGGUGCAAUACGUUGUUUUUCUGUUUAAACUGACCACAGCCAUCACUGUCUCGUGUACACCACUGGUUCAUCUUUUGUAACUUAUUUUUGAUAAUUGUGUGAUUUGACUUGCUGUAGUGUGAUCUCCUCUAGAGGGCAGCGGGCUCUAAACACACAGAAUAUGUUGCAUAUUGCAGCCGCCUCCUUUGAGGGAUAGAUAUUAUUAUACUGAAUGCUUUUGUCUUUUAGCUAGAGAAUUCUCCCUCCUGUGAAAGGUGCUGAGGUCACUCACACCAAACAACACUUGUCCAAUGUAAUAGUAAUGAAAACACAAACUUCCAAUUUAUAUUUUUGUAUUAUUUUGUACCAAUUUGUAGUCUUGGUUUAUGUGACACUGAAUGACAGAAGGAAUUCUUUAAUCAUAAUGUGUCACGGAAUAAUAAACACACAAGUGAACUGAG